UCUUCUAUCUCUUCAGAUUCUCUAUUUGAUGAGACAUUGUCAUCAUACUUUCCUAUAAUUCUUUAAGCAUGGUUUCCUUUGGUUCUUUGAACAAUUUAUAGUAGCUGCUUUGAAGCAUUUGGUUCCUAAAUCCAAUGUCUGGGCCCCUCAGUGGCAGUUUCUGUUGUCUGGCUUUCUUUCCCUUUGUAUGAGUUACACUUUCCUCUGUUUCAUAAUGUUUUACAACAGGACAUUUAAGAUAAUGUAACAAUUUGGGAAACUGACUAUGAUCUCUCACCCCCACCUCAGGACUUUUUGUCAUGGACAUCAUGGAUGUCAUAGAUGUCCGUGGCUGAACAAAUUUGGUUGAAGUGUAUUUUCCUUGUAGUGGGAAGCCUCUGAUGUCUCUUCAAUAGCCUUAGACAUGUACCCAGUCUCCCUUCCCUCUUGUUUUAGCUGGGUUCUCAUUGACGGUCUUUUACCCUGAUCUCCCAGUUAUGCUUCUGGCUGGUCAGCUUCUAUUGGUAUCACACCCAUCUGUUAAUCUUCACUAACUGACAGCGGAUUGUCCUGUUAUUUUUGACAAUGUCAUGGGGCAUUAAUUGCUCCACAUCUGAUCCAUCAGAGUAGGGUGCCUUUGCAGGGAUAGUACUUGAGAUCACUUUUUGAGGCUUACUCUGUUGGCAGGUGGGCUCUUUUUAGCUCCUUCCCUGGUUCUCUCUGUUAAAGUUUUAGCUGGUUUACUGUUUCACUUAUUCCAUCAUGGAACUAUCAGCCUCCUCUACAUUACUCACCACUAAGAUCUCCAUUGUCUUCAACAGUGCCCUUAGACUUGAGUUUCCCCACACUCUGUUCCAAAUAAAGUCAGUGUCUUUAGGUUGAGCUAGAGUUUUUUUGUUUCUACAUCUAAGGCAGAGCCUUUGUGCUGCUGCUUAGCAACAUACUUCUCUUGGAGUGAAACACCUUUUCUAUGAAUUGGAAGGGGAUGAGAGGAGGUGGUAAUAGCCACUUGUCUUCUCAGCUUGCCUCUCCCUGCCUGGAACUCCUAGGGUACAAGUGAGUGGGACAGGGUGAUUUGGCCCAGUAUUUUUGGCCUGCCACAUCUAGAUUAGAACUUUCACUCUACAAGAAGGGACUGGGUGGAAGUAGGGAAUCUCAAACCUCUCAGCUGUGCUUUUCUGGAACAGAAUUUCCACACAGGAAGCAGGGGUGGGAGUGGGUGUUGGGAGUGGGAUUAGAAAUCCUUUAGGGAGAAACUAUUAUCCUAGACUGGGAGAUGAGGGCCCCUUUCUUCUUCUUCUGAAGUAGAGUUUCUCUCACACUCAGCUGGGGGAGGGAAGGGAGCAGGUUGUGGCUUAAAUGCCACAGACUCUUGCUAUUCUUAAAGUGAUUUAGUAUGCUUUCUUGAAUAAACAUUUUUCCAUUUACUGGGUGCCCUAAGAUGAUUUUCAGAAAUUUUAAAUGGUUGAUUUUAUGGUUGUUUCACUGGGGAGAAAAUUCAUGGAGAUCUAUACACUGCCAUUCUUGGAUAUACUUUUCCCUGCCUUAUUCUUUUCUUUUUCUAUACCAUUCUCUUUUGUAACAUUAUAUUCCUUUUUUAUGUUUUUAAUCAUUGUAAACCUAUUGGUAGUAUAGCCUUCAUCAUUUGAAGUUCUUGGUGGUGGGGUUGGGAGGGUCUGAUCUUGCUGUAUAUUAAUCUGCUGGCUUUCAUUCAUAAUGGGUACUUCCUUAUGUGUUUUUUAAUUUGGGACUGUAAGCUCACUUUUACUGGGUUUUUAUCUGUGGGACUUUUUUUUAAGGCCUGGGUUGAAGGUGUGGCCCUUCAGAACUGUUUUAUAUUUGCUUUUGGUAGGUAUCCAUGGUUAUUGUCAGCCUACAACUAAUAUUAAUGUUAAGUUUUCAGCAUGAGAUCAUUAAAAUUCCAAAUCUAUACGUGGUAUAAACCCAUGGUAAUGAAUUUCCAGUAAAGAUUUUUAUAUCACUUCCAGCCUAGGACCAUGCUCAUUUAUUUCCAUGCAGUCUCCCUGUUUGAGUGGUAGAUUUGUUUUUCUAGUCCAUCCUUUCAUUGAGGGUUCUGGUUUUAUGUAGGAAGGUCAGCUCUGCCUUCUUGCCUCAUUUGGGUUGAAUGCCAGGUUUCCUGUCUCUGUUUGGCUAUUAAAUCCAAGUUCCCAUCUGUGUGGUCCAAUAGAACUUGCCACAGUGAUGGAGUUGUUUUAUAUCUGGUGUCCCAUAUGGUAGCCACUAGUCACAUGGGGCUUUUGAGCAGUUAUGAAAUGUUGCUAGUGAAACAGAGAAAUUGAAUUUGAAGUUUCAAUUUAUUUCUAUUAAUUUAAGUAAAUUUAAAUUAGAUUGCUAUUUAUGGCUUGUCCCUACCAUCUUAGACAACAUUCCCUUUUGAGACAGACUACAUAUGUGAAGGCACUCACAGCAUCAUUUACUUCACUUAUCAUUCUGGUUUUCAGUUCGCUCGUUAUUUAUGGCUCCAAGAAUUUAUCUUACUCUUUUAACUGGGCAUUUAAAAGAUAUUCGAUUUUAUCUUGUGUUUUUUUUUUUGUGAGCUGGAGCGGUUUUAUAUUAUUUAGUUCACAGUAUUGCCAGAAGUGGAACAUAGUUUCUGCUUUCAUUUUCUCUUCCCUCCAAUCCAUCAUCUUUACUGCAAAACAACUUUUCUAAAAUGCAAAUCUGUUCUUGCUACAUUUCUGCUUUUAAGAGUUCUCCAUUCUCUCAGAAUGCAGCCCAAGCUCAGUAUGGCAUCUGAGGUCCGCUGUAACCUGACCGCCUCCUCCCUCAGCCUUACCUUUUCUUGUUCCUUCUUGCACUUUAUAUUCAAGCAGUGUCAAAUACUUGCAAUUCCUUAAAUGUGUCCUCCUAUUUAAUACUGUAGGUACUUUGUUCAUCUUGCUCCUUCUACCCGGAAUGCUCUCCCAGCCCAUCCCCAUCCCCCCCAUCUGCCAACCAUCAUCUCCCCACCUUUUACAGCAGCUUGCACAUAACCUCUCUAAGGCUUUACUGACUCCUAUUUGUACCUCUUCUGGACCUUGUCUAGCAUUCGGUCACUUCACUGCGUUUUCCACCUAGGGUGGAUGCCUAGGAAAAGACUUGCUUUGUUUUAGUUUCUGGAACCCCAACACCUAGCCCAGGGACUGACACAUGGAGGUGCUGAUGCUAGGACUUCUUUAUCCAAGAAGGUAGUGGCGUCUCUGUGAGACAUCCGUGGGGCAGCUCAAGGCACAGGCUUGCUCCAGGUGUUAGAGGAGGCCUGAAUUGGGGCAGUGGUAGUAUUGUCUAUCUUUAGAGAGCUCUAGAAGUCGUUUUGAGGCUUCAAGUUCCUAAGCCCAAGGUUCACAGACUCCAUCCUACUUUAGUCCCAGUUCCCUGCCAGCUUCCCUUUCAUUUUCUGAGAGUCAGUAUGGUGACUGUGUAGUUGAGAACACAGUUGCUUGUGUCUUUUCACUGAGCACUUGUAGGGCUCCAUACACCCCUCUCACAGCUCUCUUUGGACCUGUUCUUUAUUUUUGCUGUGAAGGUGAGAGAAGGCAGUGAUAGUGAGCAGAGAAUGGAUCAGGAAAGAGUAGGGCCUUGGUUCAGUACGCGGAAGGGCUGGCCUUGCCUCACUAAGCUUUCCUAAGCUGCUGAGCUGGCUGGGGAUAUUGUUCCCUUACUCCUAGUCCAUCCCCUGCUGCUCCUGGAAGGCAGUGAGCCCUUGGCCUUUCCAUUCCAGGAGGGCAAGAAUAUUAGAACUCCAAAGGAACCUUACCCAGUGUCCAGUGUUUAGCAGGUUCUUAGGGAAAUAUUUUUUGGAUUGAAACCUGCUUAGUUUGUCCCUGUCCCCCAAGAUGCCUAUGAGCUGCUGCCAUCCUGGAGAGUGGUGGGUGGUGAGAGCGCUGGGCUGAGAGAGAAGUCUAGAUCUAACCUUAACUCUGCCCUUAACUAGCUGUGUGAUGUGGAGUAAGUUGCUUAACCUCUCUGUGUCUCAGUUUCUAGGUAUUGUGUGUAAGAUAUCUAGCUAAACCCUCAGUGCUUAUGAGGUACUUGGUGACUGUGUCUUUCCUUUUCUAUAUCCUUAUGGGAUAUUUGCUCUCACUCUAUAUAUGAGAAAGCCUUUUUGGCUUCUUUCUUCUCCUUGUCCCAUCUUUGUCAAGCUCUUUCCUUCCCGAAGCAAAGGCUGUGUGUGUGUGUGUGUGUGUAUACACAGAAGAUUAGAAAAAAACAAUCCCUCCAAUACCCAGACCACCAAAUUAUUCUUUUAUGUACUCUGAUUUCUCAUCCUUAUUAUAUGUGGUCUUUUAUUCAGGGCCUUAAAUUGGAAAAAACUGGACUAACUGAUAUCAUACAGUUAGCCUAACUGAUGGACAGUAUAUUCCCCAGAAAUACAAAAGAUAGUUUCAAAGGGCUGUUAACUAUUCAAAUUACCCAGGAAGAUCCCUGUCCUGGAGGCAACUGUGGGAGGAGGGGCUGGGCCUACCAGGUGAGAGCAGGAGGGGAUGAGCGGGUCAGGGGAGCUAGGAGAUAUGGGGAGUGGGGACAGAUCUGUCAGUGUUCUCUCAGGAGCCCAGUUCUUUGCCUUCAUCAGCUGCUUUUCCUCCUUCAACUGCUUCAUUAACUUGAGCAGAAGUCUUGGGUCAGCUUUCAGGUUAGUUGUUGGCUGGUGUUUUCCCUGGGGAAAGCUGGGAGACUGGCUAGAAUCACUCCCAUUAGCAGUUGGCAGCUCCCCAAUCUGCUUUUUAACCUGGACUGUCUCAGCCCUGACAUCUGCUGGACCUGCUGUGAUGUUCACACAGGAGUGUGGGCUGUACCCGCUGUUUAUUCCCCACCUUGCCCCCUGUGGGUGAGCCUUGCACCUGUUGCCAGAGCCGAAGCUCUCACAUUGUGAAGUCUGUGAAGACCAGCUCCAAGAAGCACUGUCCUAAUGAGAGCAGCUUUGCUCCCUGGUACUUACUGAACUGCAGAGCUGUGGGGAACAGAGCUCUGAAUGUGGCCUCAGGAAAGAGUCCAGUCCAGAAAACAUCAUUAGUGGCUUGUGCCAUGAGGAAAUGUUCCCUGGGAGGUUAAGAUAAGAGCUAAGUGGAAUUAUGAUAACACCAGCUGCCUUUAGUUGGGUACAUACUCUGUGCCAGGCACUAGGCUAAACCCUUUGAACUCAUGACCUCUUUUAAUAACAGCCUAUUGGGAUAGAUAUUGGCCCUUUUUACAGUUGGAUAAUAUGAGGCCAGAGAGGGGAAAUGACCAGUUCAAAAUCACACAAGCUGAGCUGAGACCACUGACCCCAGAGCUCACGUUCUUACCACCUAGUAUCUCCUGUCUGGCAUGACUGGGCACAGAACUUCUUAAAGCUUAUGUGUCCCAGAGGCAAGGGGAAAUGGUGCAGGUUGGGGGCUCUAAGUCCCCUAUCUACCAUGGAUUAGUUGUAGAGAUGGACCUCCAAGAGACUGGAAAAAGCAGAUUUGACCCAAACUGACCCUUCUUCAGGAGGCAGAUUUCGGUGCGAGGGGUGGGCAAGCAGCCCCCAGGGUGCUACCGCAUCCUUUUCUCUGGCACUGUGUGGUGCUAGCCCCAGCAGCACAAGCUUUAAGAGCAAUGAAGCUAAGGCAGGGAAUUUGCAGGCUGAAGUAUGCGGAGAAGGAGGACGGGGCAGACAAGCUUCCUGCCUUGCUCUGAUGUGGCUGGGAUAUUUGUGUUUUACAUGAGCCUCAGAUUUGUGUGCAUGUGCGUGCGCGCGCGUGUUCCAAAUGCUCUAGUUAUUGUUUUCUCCCCUAAACCUCUGAAGCCGAGACUGUGCCUGCUGCUUUCCUGAAUUGCUGAUGGGUCUCCAGCCCCAGUCAUGGAAUAGAUCCCAGGAGAAGUUGUGCUGACCAGACGCAGAGGCCGGAACCUGUCGCCUGGGCCUGGUGCUCAGAGGCCUGAUCUACACGGAUACCAAGGCCAUCCGGUUACUAACGCUUCAGCUGUUCGGCUGGUGGGAUCCCUGAACGACUUCCCUAGGAAUCGUCUGCUCCGGUUAGGUCCUCCCAGUGCCACCACCGCCCCGCUCCCGCGUUUCUCCCUCCUCCCCUCUCAUCCUCUAGGCCCCCCACAGGGCUCCCCACCCCAACUCUCGCGCCUCAGCAACCCCUUCCCCUUUUUGUUCCUGCUAAUCCAGCGAGCCAGGCUUUCUCCUUCUCUGGUCUCUCUUCCUCCUCUCCCCCUUGAAUCCAGUCCUGGUUUCCCCGCCGCCAGCCUCCCCUUUCUCUCCGACUAGGCUAGCUCCCCGCCCCCGCCGCGCCCGUCGUCACCGCGGUGGUUUCAGCUCCUCGCUUACCCCGCUCCCAGCCACCCGGGGCUUGGCUCGCCCAGUCCGGUGGCUCCAGUCCGGAUCUCGCUGCUGCCCGACCCGGGUACGAGUACCAGCCGCUGGGGAGGAGGCGGCGGCUGGCCCCGGCUCCCCUCGGCCGCCUAGCCAGCCCGGGGUUGGCGGGGAGGGAGCAGCAGGGCAGUCCCCCGGAGCCCCUCGGAGGACAAUGCACCCAGCGCUCGGCAACCCCCGCUCGGUCUCGUCCUCGUCCGGCUCCUUCCCACCGCCCCCCGCCGCUGCCCGGCUGCAGCCCCUCUUCCUCCGGGGGGGUUCCUCCCGCGGCCGGAGAGGCUCGGGCGACAGCAGCACCAGCACCAGCACCAGCCGGGGGGGAGGCGGCGGCAGACGCGGCGGGGGCGGCGGCGGCGGCGGCUCCCCCAGUAGCAGCACCGGCGCCGAGAGAGAGGACGACGACGAGAGCAUCAGCAUCAGCAAGCCGCUGGUGCCAGCCGGCCUCCCGGGACCCCCAGCUCAGGGGGGCGCCCCAGCCGCCGACCCCGCGCCCGCCGCCUUCUCCUCCUCGGCCGCCACCUCCUCCUCCACCUCCACGCCCACCUCCUCCUGCAGCAUGACAGCCGCGGACUUCGGCGGGGGCGCUGCGGCGGGGGCCGUCGGGGGCCCCGGGAGCCGCUCGGCCGGGGGCGCGGGCGGCACGGGGACCGGCAGCGGCACCUCCUGCUGUUCGUGUUGUUGCUGCUGUGGCCGCCCGGCCCGCUCGGGUCGCAGGGGUCGGCGCCGAGGCUGCGCCCCCAGCCCGGGGUGCCGCUGGGGCUACCAGGCGCUGUCCGUGGUGCUGCUGCUGGCACAGGGAGGUCUGCUGGACCUGUACCUCAUCGCCGUCACCGACCUGUACUGGUGCUCCUGGAUCGCCACCGACCUGGUGGUGGUGGUGGGCUGGGCUAUUUUCUUCGCCAAGAACAGCCGGGGCCGUCGGGGCGGCGCGGCCAGCGGCGCGCACAACCACCACCAGCACCACCACCACGCCGCGCCGCCUCUACAUCUACCCGCCGCUUCGGCCGCCUCCGCCGGGGCUGCCGCCGGGGCCAAGGCGCGCGGCGCCCGCGGGGGCGCAGGUGGCCCGGGAGCAGGCCCGGGCGCUGCCGGGGCCGCGGGCGAGUUCGCCUUCGCCUACCUGGCCUGGCUCAUCUACUCCAUCGCCUUUACGCCCAAGGUGGUGCUAAUCCUGGGCACGUCCAUCCUGGACCUCAUCGAGCUGCGCGCGCCUUUCGGCACCACGGGCUUCCGCCUCACCAUGGCGCUGUCCGUGCCCCUGCUCUACAGCCUGGUGCGGGCCAUCAGCGAGGCGGGCGCCCCCCCUGGCUCGGCGGGACCCCUGCUUCUGCAGCCCCAGCAGCACCGAGCCGCCGGUUGCUUCCUGGGCACGUGUCUGGACCUGCUCGACAGCUUCACCUUGGUGGAGCUGAUGCUGGAAGGCCGCGUGCCGCUACCCGCGCACCUGCGCUACCUGCUCAUCGCCGUCUACUUCCUCACCCUCUCCUCGCCGGUGCUCUGGCUCUAUGAGCUCAACGCCGCAGCGGCAGCCUCAUCCUGGGGCCAGGCUUCCGGGCCGGGCAGCUGUAGCCGCCUUCUGCGCCUGCUGGGCGGUUGCCUGGUGGACGUGCCCUUGCUGGCGCUGCGCUGCCUCCUGGUGGUGAGCUACCAGCAGCCCCUCUCCAUCUUCAUGCUCAAGAACCUCUUCUUCCUUGGCUGCCGUGGCCUGGAAGCCCUAGAGGGCUGUUGGGACCGGGGGAGUCGGGCCUCCCCGACUCGGGGGAGAGGGGGCUACGGCGCUCCGCCCUCCGCCCCGCCACCGCCACCGCCACCACCACCACCUCAGGGAGCCUCCCAGCUGGGCCACUGCAUCUCGGAGAACGAGGGGGGUGCCCAUGGCUAUGUCAAUACCCUGGCCGUGGCCUCCCAGAAUUGAGGAGGGAUAAGGGAGAGGGGCUUGCUUUGGGGUUGAGAGACCCCAGUCCCUUGUCCUUUGAUCGUCUUUCACCCAGAUUUGAUCAGGGUCUAUUUGGAAGACGGAACUGUUAAUAGGGCUAAGGGCCAGUGUGUCCUUCUGCACCCCUUGGGUCAAGACUGCUUGGAGGGAGACCAGCAGCUAAUGGUGAAGGAGGAAGGUCCAUCUACUAUUCUAUUUCCCCUUCUCCAUGCCCUAUCCUAAUCUAGCCUCCAGGGGCCAGAUACCUCUGCUUCUUGCUUUUCCCACAGCCAUCCUAAUUCUUGUCCAUUGUCGGGGAGAAUGGUGAAAAGGGCGUGCCCAGACAGGGGUGCUGGGCCUGAAGCCUUCCCCCUGGCUUGGAAGUGCCAGAUUCUUAUAGGCUGUGGUUGGUGAUCAUUGUCCCACGCCUUGAAACUGAUCCAGAAUCCACUGUUCCCCUGAUGUGUCUAUUGGAUUUUUUUCCAGAUGGUAGAUGCCAAGUCUGUGUUUGUCUGUGUGUAUAGUAUAGUUUUCUUGUUUCCACACUGUGGCCCCUUGCAAUCAGUAGGAGAUCUGGGGAGGCCCUGUCCUUCCCACCACACAUACGACCACCCUCCUCAUUCCUACCUGAAUUUGUGGCCGUGAAUUCCCAGAAAGAGCUGGGCUCCUGGGAGCUGCCCAGUUGCUCUCCUCCAAGGGAGACGCUCACCCAGGAUCUUCCUCAAUUCUACUCCUCUCUUCUCAGCUUGUGGGAGGAGAGGGUCCAUACCCUAAGGACAAAACUGCACCCUUUCUUGGGUGAGUGAGCAUUUCUACCUCUGUGCUUUCAACUUUUGUUGCA